CGAUUCGUUCAGUUACUUGAAACAUUAAACACAACUAGCAAGCACAAGCAUAAAGCACAAGGCAUACAGCAAAAUUAACGUAAUUUGAACACUUUUAUUGAUAUUUAUUUUGGUUGUUUUCGACACCAUGCCUAAAAAACUAGAUUCUGAUAGCCCCAUGUUUGUGGCUUGUAGCGCACAUUUUAAUUUUCUGAGAGAGUACCGGAAGGCCUGUGCCGGCCAUGACAUCCAGCCUCAGCAAUUAUUCCACGAGGCCUCCACUGCCUGGCAGGCUCUUAGUACCGAGGAGAAGACCCUUUUCGAGGAGGAGAAUUAUUUGCCAGCUCGUCUCGCUGAAACUGGAAAAUCGUCCGUGGGUAUUGCUGUGGAUUUGCUGACAUCUCAGGGGAAGAAUAUAUUUGGGAAGGCCAAGUCCAAGGCUAAGCGCAAGGCAGUCAAGCGGCAGGUGCCAGCGAAGCAAAAGAAGAGCCAACAGACCACUCUUCGGCCAAAAAUGCGGCCCAAUAAUGAUCCCGUUUCUCCUUGUGUAUUGCAGAUCAUUUUUCGGAAACUUUCCUAGACCCAAAUAAAGUAUCUCUGGGUAAUAUAUUUAAUGGCAAA